AUGAAAUCAAUAAUCGACUAUUCACAGAUAGAACCUCCUAAGAGAAAGGAAAAUGAAAAGCCAGACACUGAAGAAGAUAAUAAUGAUAAGCCGGAAACUGGAGGAAAUGGUGGAAUCGAAACCCUAAAAAGCGAAGGUCAACAUGGCUGGAUGGAAAAACUUUUAAAAAAGGUAAGAAUAUAUCACUUAGAUUCGGACCUCCACUUCCAAUCACCACCCCAAACGGGGUCACUUCCAGUAAGCGGUAACCUGAAAUAUACUUUACGAAACCCAAAGGGACUUGAUCGAGGAAAAAUUAACUGGAUUCCAGCCGUGAAACUCGCAUCUGACCGCCUUUUCAGAUCUUUUUUUUUUUUCACCACCGGCGCGGCGGUCUUAUGGGCAAAGGAGCACGGAGGGUGGGUGGAGCGCUAUGGGCAUCCGUCUUCAUCGGACCCAAUCUAAGAGACAUCUAAAGGCUUGACCAGGCUUCAAAGCCCAUCCCUAUAUGAUUAAACUAUUAAUCAUAACAAUUAGGAUUUCCUCAAAUUUAAUUGUUGCAGUAACUGCUUUUUUUUCCACUUAUUAUUGUGUAAAGGUGUAAUUGGACAGUGUAAUCGGGCAUGGCUGUAAGCAGACAGUACAUCAGCCAAUCAUAUAAAUCCACCAAACUUAGAAUUCAUCAUAACCACUUACCUUACCAAUCUGGGUAUUUUCCAAAAUUGAAGAAUUUGCACAGAAAGUAUCUCUGCAAGUGAUAUUUUCCCUGAUUUUGGAUAAUUGAUAUUUUAAAAAAGGCCUUUCACAAGAGAAGAAUGCAUUUGGUUUCUCGGGAAUUGUACAGGUUAUGAUUAAUUGGUAACAGGACUUCGUGUCGUCCAAUUUGGUCUAUAAUCAUACUCGUAGGAUUUCAGAUCGAAUUGGACAUUAUUAAUUAACUGGUAAUAGUUAAUAAUUAUUAAUCUUUGUGCAUGUGAUGGUAUUGUUUCCCUUCAGGCAAAAGCUGCAUUGAAAGAAAAGAAAAACGAUUUGGUUGAAGAUAAACACACAUUGAGAAACUCCACAGAAAUCUAUUUGGAAGAUAAUGAAAGUACGGUAUCCUAAGGAUAUGAUAGCGUUAAUUAUCUAUCCACUCUAAACGUUAACUACUUCCCUCCGUGACAAAAUAGAAAUGUAUUAAUCGGCUUUUUUAAUUCUGAGCCUGUCACGUUUUGAUUCAGAGAAUGCUGGUUUUAACCUAGUUUCAGUUGAUUGCAAUUUAUCCAGAUAUAGUUCACAAUAAACUGACUAGAGCCUGGUUGCUUGUUCAAAUCUUCAGUGAUCGAUGAUCAAUGAAAUAAACGUCAAUUUAGUGAAGUACAUUGUAAUGUAUAAUUGUGAAAAAUUUGGAUAAUUGAUAAUUGGUAUUCGCUCAGCAAACCCUCGAAUUCCUCUCGGUUUGCACAACCGUCUCGGCAAAUUCUCCCAAUCCCUCUCGUGUUUAUAUCAGGCUGUGCAAACAGGGAAAACGCUUCUUUUUUUUGCUUAUUAAUGGGAAAGUUGCAUGUAUUUGCAUUGGGUUCCACUGUGUUGUUAGUUUUGCAAGUUGCUAUGAGAACGAUCAAGAGAAAAUAACGCGGGAGCGUCCAACUCUCAUAUUAGUGCCAUGUCGCGACGUUUUCACGGACUGGUUUACUUUUAGAUAACGUUUUAAAGCACUUUUUCCCGCGAAAAUGGAAGCUCGCCCUACCACUAUGAACCCUUUCAACGUGUAUGAUAUGAAAAAAAGAAAACUAAACUUCAUUAAAUGCCUUGACACAAGUACAUGGAAGUUGCUCGCUCCAGGUUGUGGGCGAGCCAUGAACAUAACACGAACAAUCGUAAUCGGGCACGAAGACCAGCUUUUAUAAUUGUAAAGCGGCGGAAAAAUCUCGAUAUGGUCUCUCGGGGGAGUGUAUCGAAACAAGUUAGUAAAGUGUUUUGUCAUUUUCUCCUUUAAAUUUCGAGUAUUUUCAUUCGUACGUUAGUGAAGUCUAUACUUAUUUAGCUACCUUUUAUAGCUAUGUAUUUCUAUUCUUCACGCCUUUUGCAAUUUUUGAAAAGAUAAAUUUCAUAGUUCCUUUACCUAACCAUUAUUACAAAUAUUGUUAUUUAAAUUCUGCCAUUUAGUUCCAAGCGGUCCUUUCAACAAACUAAAAAAUGCCUUUGAUAAAUUGGGCACACGAGCAGCAGGCGCGAAACAAGGUCUAACUGAGUUAAAGCAAAAGUGGAAUCAAGUCCCAUUUGGUGAAAGAGAACCUGUAGUAGCAACUCUACAAGAAGCUGCCUCCAACAUUGCGAGUUUUGCUAAUGCAGGAGAUGAUCCCAUUGGUGCAGUUCAGGGUGCAAUCAAUAUGGUGGGACAGUUUGCAGCACUUGCCGGCCCCACUGGCGGAAUUGUUUCUGUAGCCCUGAGCUUCGUUUCCGGGUUUCUCAGUCUUUUUGGUGCGGGAGGAGGAGAGACGAAAUCUAUCGGGGAAAUCGUACGAGAGGAAAUAGAUGAGGCAUUUUCUCAAUUUUACGAGAAAGAUCUUAGUAACCAGGCACGAGGCAUCGCUAAAACGUUUGACGUGUCCAAGGCAUAUGUGGAUAGACUUGCUCAGUCAGGGCGUAAGCUGACCGUCCACGAAGCGGGGUCACUUGAGAGGAAUGUGCCAUUGUAUCUUGGGCUCGGAUUUAUGGGAACAUUGUCAAGUGAGAUAGAACGUCUUCUAAACGCCAACGAGAAAAAAGAUGUCAAAAAGACAUUGAAAUACAUCGAGCUUUACACAACAAUGGCGGUUCUAAAAGAUGUGAUUUUGCAGGAGAUUGCCACAUUAUUGCCAGAGGAGCUUGAACGCAACCGACAAGCUAUAUUAGCCGCCCAGGACUUCUUACGCAGUCAGCAAAAACGCCUUUUAGGAUUCCUUCGAGCUGGUCGUGUCGGUAAGUUGGCUCUGAAUUACUUCGAUCCCGACGUCAACAGAGUCACAGAUGCCUAUUUGACUGCGCUGUUGAAAUGCCCAGACUACGAUCGUUCCAUGGCCGGAAAAUGGUGUAUCACCCCUUCGAUUAGGGGUAAAAGGCCUCUGCCAAUCAAAUGGUCGAAAGAACAUGGUUACUAUUUAGUGCAGGACGGACACCCCUACAUCACCAUUGGCAACCAAGGCUGCUUCUGGAAGCUUAUCCCCCAUGGACACAAUCUCUACACAAUUGUCAACACCUACGGUGGUCCCAGGCAUGACCACUAUGGACAGUACCUGUCGUUUGACAUCCAAAAUGAUCCCUACAACCAAGCGACAGUGGAGAGCGAUGCGAACCUUUGGGAAAUCACCGGUAAUAAUCAAAGGAGGUAUGUGAGUUAG